GAAACGAUACAGGCUUCGACUCGGACUCGAAUUUGAGAGAGACUCCAGGUUCGUCAGUUUGCUGCUCAUCAGGUACCUACCUAGAUAGUUCUCAGACCACCUCCUGUUGAGGCACCAAGAACUGUUGCAACACAAAAACAAACGCUCUGAUUGGGUGGGCCGACAAGAGCUGUCGCUCCUUCCCGUCGAACCAUGCAGGGCAGAGGCGUUUGCUUCCCUCCCCAACUGCCCCGCACCAGACGCCGGAUUCCAGAGAGUUCCAUCGCACUUCCAGAGGCCCCCUCCCUCCCCCUCCACCCUAGCUCUGCGCUGAAGCAUUUAUCGUGCGCCAACACCACCAUCAACAUUCUUAACCAUUGGAUUUCUCCUGCGUGUGUUUUCGACAAGUCCCCGACCUUGCGAGCUAAUCCGUAACCAAUUGCAUCUUCUUCUCACUAUUUCGGAGCCCAUCCGUUAACAGACACCCACCCUGUACUGUCUAUAGGGCGCAUACUAGCAGCCUUACGUUCAGAUAACCCAACUCCCACAUAGCUCAGAACCAGCAACUCACCUUCCCCCCCGACCGUCACCAUGUCUGCCGAAGGUACCGAGACCAAGCCCACGCGCCCCCGCGUCUUCUUCGACAUUACUGUCGGCGGUAAGUCCGCCGGCCGUAUCACGAUGGAGCUCUACAGCGACCUCGUCCCCAAGACGGCAGAGAACUUCCGCUGCCUCUGUACCGGCGAGAAGGGCCUGGGCAAGUCCGGCAAACCCCUCCACUACAAGGGCUCCGGGUUCCACCGCGUCAUUAAGCAGUUUAUGAUCCAGGGCGGUGACUUCACCGCCGGCAACGGCACCGGCGGCGAGUCCAUUUACGGCGCAAAGUUUGAGGACGAGGCCUUCCCCGUCAAGCACGACCGCCCUUUCCUACUGUCCAUGGCCAACGCUGGACCUGGCACCAACGGCUCCCAGUUCUUCCUGACCACCGUCCCGACGCCCCACCUCGACAACAAACACGUCGUCUUCGGCGAGGUCCUCAACGGCAAGUCCGUCGUGCGCCACAUCGAGAACCUUCCUACCGAGUCGGGCGACAAGCCCGUUAAGGAGGCCAUCAUCGCCGACUGCGGCGAGCUCACCGGCGAGGCCGCUCUCGCUGCCGACGUCAAGGCUCCGGACGCCUUCGGCGACACGUACGAGGACUUCCCCGAGGACUGCGCGAACCCGCCUGAUGCCAAGGAGGUCGUCAAGAUCGCUACCGCCUGUAAGGACUUUGGCAACAAGGCCUUCAAGGCUGGCGAUUUCAAUCUCGGCCUCGAAAAGUACCAGAAGGGCCUGCGCUACCUCAACGAGGACCCGGACCUUGAGAAGGAACCCGCCUCGACCAAGGCGGAGCUCGAGGCCCUCCGCUUCUCGCUCAACAACAACUCGGCUCUGCUCAACCUUAAGCUCGAGGCCUGGGAGGACGCCGUCAAGUCGGCCACGUACGCCCUUGAGGUCCCCGGCACCAAGGACGUGGACCGCGCCAAGGCCCUCUACCGCCGCGGCUUCGCCAACGUACGUCUCAAGGACGAGGAGACCGCCGUCAAGGACCUCGAGGAGGCGCACAAGCUCGUUCCGGACGACAAGGCCAUCCUCAACGAGCUCAACGCCGUCAAGCAAAAGGCAGCCGCCCGUGCGGCCAAGGAAAAGGCGGCGUACAAGAAGUUCUUCCAAUAGUCGGGGACGUGGAUGCGGGGAAGAGGUGGUUAGAAGAGAUUCGGCACCGGCCUACAGCAGGAAGCCAAAACGAGAAAUGAUGAUUCCAUGAUUUUUGGGGCGACAAAAACACUAUGCAUACACAAGGGACUUUUCCUAUUCCAUUGGAACAUGGGCGGAGGCGUACAGAGAUGCCGGAACGGCAAGGGAUAAACG